GCAAUGGCGACAGUAACCAAACAAGAGGGAAGGUCCAUAAAAACGUAAAAGGUCCCCCCGCCUGCUAGGGCAGUCACAUACACUACAUCGCACCGAUAUCAUUCAUCAUUCCAGCAGUUGUGCGUUUGUGCUGGUGCACAUGUUACAUGCUUUAUCCGGCGGCGAUACCUGUCGACCGACAUACAAAGGUUCACUCAACUCCGCAGUUCUGACUCCCGACGAGACAAAAGUCUUUCUCGUCCGCGUGAGCGUCACUCACUCACUCGCGAACGAACGAACCCCGCGCCAGUAACAUGUCAAUGUGUUGAGGUUGUACCACUUCUACACCGUGACCCGCGACACAAACACCCAGAGACGAGAAGAGCGGGGGAAGGAGAAAAGUGGUUGGGAUUGAGUACGCAGGAGAGGUGUCAGUGAACAUUCAGCAAGCCAUUGAGAGCAAGCAUCUCAAAACAGAGAGUGAGAAGACGAGUGGCUACCAUCUUGGAGACCUCGAUUGAAAGUCGUUGGAAGCCCACCUUUUAUGCUUGCCCAAAUCAAAAGCUCGUCGAAGACAAGUUAAAUCUAAAAUCGACAGCGUCUUUUGUUGGACAAGAGGGGCAGACUAAGACUGUCUGUGCGGUUGUUAUUCUAGCAACUUGGGCUCAUCACCUCAACUCCCCGUUUCCCAAACGACGGCAUCCAACCACGGCGCAUUUUUACCAAAUACCACUACGACGACAACAAGAAAGCAACCGCCAAGAUGCUAACCCCCACGACCCUCCUCCUCUUAAGCCCUCUCCUCUACCUCCUCACCCUCCUCUUCCGCACCGCUCUCUACCGCCUCCGCGCCCGCUCCCUAGGUUGCAGCCCCGUGGCGGUCUACCCACAUAAGGACCCUAUUCUGGGACUGGACCUGUUCCGCGAAAGUUUGCGAGCCAUGAACACGCAUGCGCUGCUGCCGCUGUGGGACGCUCGAUUCAAGAGAUAUGGCAACACGCACUACACGCUGACGUUGGGGAAAUGGGUACUGAUGACGAACGAGCCGGAGAACGUCAAAGUGAUUUUGGGCACGAAGAUGGCCGAGUGGCCGAUUGAUGGACCACGGUUGCAUGCGUCUGUGGCGGUUUUGGGAAAGAAGAGUAUUUUUACUACUAACGGGGCUCAGUGGCGCGAGGCUCGAGGAAUGAUCAGACCUUCGUUCGUCAGGGACCAAGUCGCCGACCUUCAUUGCUUUGCCAAACACGUCGGCAACUUUCUCAACGCCAUUCCCAAGGACGGAUCGACCUUUGACAUGCAGGAACUCCUGCUUUCUAUGACCAUGGACUCGUCUACCGAUUUCCUGCUCGGUUGCUCCACAAACUCUUUGCUCCAACCCUCGCCCGAAGCCAAGCAGUUCCUCGAAGAUUUUGAGUACACCAGCCGUGAGGCCGCCAAGAAGUCUCGACUUGGAACGCUUCUCAAUUGGUUGCCAAACGGGGAGUUCCAGGCGACUGUGACAAGAGUGCGCGAGUAUGUGCGAGCCUACAUAAGGAAGUCCCAGGCGGAGAAGACCGACAAGAAGGAAAGAGACUACGUUUUCCUGCAUGAGAUUUUGAAGUCCGGCGCCGAUGAGGAGCACGCCAUCGACCAGGUCUUGUCCGUUAUUAUUGCCGGAAGAGACACCACGGCUGCGGCGAUGACGGCGUGUUUCUACUACUUGGCUCGCAAUCCGGAGGCAGUAAAGAAAUUGAGGAAGGAGAUCUUUGAUAUGGAGGACGAGAUGCCGACCUGGGAGCAGCUCAAAAACAUGAAGUAUCUGAACAUGAUAAUCAAAGAAGGUUUGCGGCUGUUCCCUCCCGCAUCAACUAACUCCAGAGCGCCGAUCAAGGACACGGUCCUACCCCGAGGUGGUGGCCCAGAUGGCAAACAACCCAUCCUUGUGCCCAAGGGCCAAGUCGUUAGGUGGUCGCUGUACAGUCUUCAUAGACGUAAGGAUAUCUGGGGAGAAGAUGCCCAUGAGUUCCGUCCAGAGCGGUGGGAUGAAAACCUUCGGGUCGGAUGGGAGUACAUUCCGUUCUCCGGAGGCCCGCGUAUAUGCCUGGGCCAGCAGUUUGCGCUUACCCAGAUCGAAUACGCCCUUUUCAAGUUCUUCCGUGCCUUCAAGAGCAUCGAACCCCGGGAUGACAAUGGCCCGCUGCUGCUUCGCACGAAUCUAACUGUGACCUUUGCGAAAGGCUGUCUGGUCAGUGCGACACCCGACUCUAACUAGGUGGUAACACCUCUGGAGAGGGGACUGAGAGGCGGAAGAGAUCCAGAGAUGUCGUUAGGUAGCAUGCGAUUUGGUUGUUGCUUUCGGUGUUUUAAAUCUGUGUCUCGCGAUAUGAAGAACAGUCUGUAUUUCGGCCAGUCCUGGACGCACAAGAAGCGUUUGCAUUUACUUGUUUUUGUUGUUAGGUCUGCUGUGUUCAGUUGCACAACAUACCAUACGGAAUAGUAUGAGGAGUGUGUCAACCUUGUACGACAACACAAGAUUGUCCGGGUGAUCUUACAAGUAACAACCACGACGGCUGAGCUUGACAAGCGUCCUAGCUGUCUGUCGGCUUGACACUUGCUGCACCUUUAGCCGCGAAUGCGGCCCCGAGCAACUGAGCAAGCCCCGAUUUCGAGUUUUGUACCAAAUUGUCUGGAUUUUGUUGAGCAUGUUGGGUCCUCCUUUUCGCUAGAGUGCUGUGUCUGUUGUGCCCGAUAUUCUCCUUGACUGUUGCACGGGCUUUACCUACGGUAUAUCGUCUAGGUGCGACCGACAGAAUGACGGGAUGGCUAACCAGGAGCGACCUUGUGCAUAGCUUUGCGGCCAUGUUUCUGGCAGCAAGAAGUUGCCAUGACCCUGACUGCGUAGAUUGGUGUUCGGGUUUGUUUCUCUCCAGUGAUAGCACCUCCGUCGUCACUGGAAACCUAUGGUAGUCUAGUGGUCUUGCGCAAGAUGUAGAGAAUCAGCGCCAACAUCGCGAGUUGGCUGAGAUAGCACAGAUUGUUGGUUGCCUAAUGGAAC